AUGACUCGACGGAGGACGCACUACAUCAAUUUCAUGGCGGACAGACACUCUUCCCGGGCGUCUGCCUCGGGAAACACCGGGACCGAUGUCCCUUCAUCUUCCGGAGCCUCCCAGGUUCCGAAUACCGUUGCGGAGCAGUCUCCACCACCGCCUCCACCACCACCUCCACCGUCGGCUGCCGAACCGGUACCCCACCCUCUUCAUCCGUAUGCCCAAUUUACGGUUGAGGACUUACUAGCCCUACCGGGACGGGGGGCUUUACGACGUCUGGUUCCCGGAAAAGCGGAACCAGGCUCUUAUUGGUUUAACUUGGAUAAUUGUGUCGGUCGGAGCGUUUCCGACACAAUUAAGAGUCAUUUCGUUGAGCCGCACUACAAUUGGAGCAAGGUGUCGCAAGAGACGUUCGACACCUGGUACAAGUGCUUCGCGCAACGGUGGAACUGGGACGUCGGGAUCAACGAGACGGUCCGCGAAGCUUUCCGGCUGAAGGCGCAGAAACGCCUAGUCAACACCGUUUCCGAUUGGAAGCGGAAGUGGGAGACCGAUGGCGACGACGCAAAGCCGAGCUCCAUGUCCACUUUCUGUUGGAAUGGGUUGAAGGCGUAUUGGCUGGACCCGCAUGCCCAAACCACUGCUGCUAAGUGUUCGGCUGUCCGAAACCGGAUCGGUCCUAACGGUCAGAAGUUAGUUGCUCCGAAGAAGAAAGGCCGAACCGUCAGAAGAGGAGUUAAUCGAAUCACGAUGACUGCCUCUAGGUUCCUUUGGAUUAUCAAACGUUUGAAAGGAGAAGAAUAA